AUGCAAUUAUUGGAAGAAUACGAAGAAUUAAUUGAGCGUGAUUCAAAUCAAAUUUCUCUUUUAUGGAAAGCCUUUCAAAUAUUUUUUUAUUUUUUAACUACAAUAUCAGGAUAUUGUUCUGCAAUUUUAUUCUAUAUAUUUUGGGAGAAUAUUUUUGGAGGAAAUUGUCCUCUUUGGGCACACACCUACAGCAUAUCUAAUGUAAUAGUAAUUGAUUCUAAUAAUGAUUGCCUAGAACGUGAAACUGUAGUUAAAAACAUUGAGCCAGAUUAUAAAAAUUGGUUAAAUUAUGUUAUCGUUAAAUAUGAUUAUGAAAAGCAUUGCGAAUGUUAUUAUAUUAUAAGCUUAUUUUCUUGUAUAUUGGGUAUUGUAGGGAUCGCAUUGUUUUCUGUUCAUGGUAAAGGUGGAUACAGUUACAAAAUAAUUCCUUCUCCAUGGAGGCUUAUCCCUCCUGCAUUGUUUUUUAAUUUAAUAUUUGCAAUAGUUACCAUUUAUGUAGCACAUGAUUUGGAAAUAGGAUUUAAAACCUUUAAAUUUGACAUGUAUAAAGUUUUUGUAGAAUUAACAAAAAACUCUGAAUUAGUAUCUGAUCAAAUGUAAGUGUUGCUAAGGUAAUCUCACACAAUGGAUUUAAAUAUAAUUAAUAAAAACAAUAUUUUAUAUAUAUAUAGGAUCUGCAAUGUUUUACAAAGUUAUGUGGAAGUAUACAAUGUUCAUGGAUACAAUGCAUGUAAUCUAUUUUUUACGAUAAAGAUUUUGACGUGGACAAUGGCAUGGAGUUGGAUUGCUGGUUUAAUUUUAUUAUUAAUACGUAUUCUAUUAGUUGUAGAUUUUAGAAUUUUAAAAAUUAGAAUUUAUGAACUUCCAGACAACAUAGAUACAUCAUCUUCAGAUAUUAAUAAAGGUAACAUAAAAAUAGAAUCAUCUGAAAAUGAAAAAAAGAAAAAGGAUUGAUAU